UUGCCAAUGUCACUAUUUAGUAGCAGUAGCAGAUGACAUGGAGACAAAUUUGGUGGUGGUGGUGGAUUUGGGAAUUAUUUUUUGCAAAAUAAUACUUGUUUGAAGAAGUUUGAUUUGUGUACUUAGUUUUGGGGUGGAAGUAAAAGUACAAAAAUUAGUCCGAAUUUUGAAACAAAGAACAUCCAAUUAUACGCUUAAUUGAGUAGGUGACAUGCUACCUGUUGAUGCAAAUUAUUGUCGUGAAGGUGAGUCGAGAAAGAGGAAAUGUUGCUCGUGGCGUGGCUGGGCAAUGGCGGCGUCCAUUUUGCAAGCGCUUUACUACACCUUCUACUUCUUUUACGGAACGUUUCUAAUGUUUAUCGUGAUCCUGAAUGGUGGAGGUGGCCACGUGAGUGCAAAUUCUGUCCAAGUUUACCGAUCUUACAAAAGUGGGGGUGACGCUAAAUCGUCUCCCGUGCAGGGUUGGGGGGCCAUGUUCUUCUUCGUCGUCCUGGUCGCACUUCCGCUCCAGUUGUGCCAAAUAUUCUUGGCGAAUCAGGCCUACCGCAUUUUUGACGCCAUUAACAACAAGGACCCACCCGAUGGCGUCACGUGGAUGGUGGAAGUCUACCUCAUCGUGAAACUGACCUUCGUCACGGCCAUCCUCUUCGCUCUCGGCGUCUUCGUCACCUCGGACCACCUCAUGACCUCCGUUGCGUUCAACUUCUUCGUCAUCGAGGUGACCGUCCUCGCCCCCUUCAUAAUCUUUGUCUACGGCUACAUCCGCAUCAACAAACAACUCCCACCACCCCCAGAGGAUGACACCCCCACUCCGGAGGAAGUGAGGACCCUGGCGGAUGAUGAAACCAUCCAAAUUGAAACGACUGUUUAGAUUAGACCAAAAUAAAAUGGACCAAAAUUUAAAAAAGUUACAGAAAUUUUAUGAAAAUCAGAAACUAUAGUUUCCCACGUGACGGAAAUUUAGGCUGCUCUGUCCCGUCGCUGAACUUGUCCCGUGAGAACGCGUAACUUCACAUAAAAACGAUUCAAAAUUUAGAUACAGAUUUAUACACAGAUUAUCAAUUUACGCAUGUACAUUUGUACACUCUUAAAAAUAAUGUAACCAUUUAGAAAAGUAAAUGCACCUUAAAUUCUGAAUUAUGUAAAUCAUACUAAAUCCAGGGCAAACUUACUCGUUAUCAGGUCAACGUUACUUUGGAUUUAGUAUAGUUUCCUUAAUUAAAAAUUCAUAGCGCAUUUACGUGUUUCAAAAAAGGCAACAUUAUUUUUAAGAGUAUGCACAUAUGUACGCGUUGGAAUAUACACAAAAAAAGAGUAAAUACGGUAACCUCGGCCGUAAAUAUCGCAUGUCAUCGAAAUUUAGGUCACGUAAGAGAUUACAACCCGUGAAAAUGGAAAGGACAGACUGACAUCGCAUAGCGAUGGAAUGGCAUCGUUGACUCGCAAUGUGAAUGGCCCCUCACAGACGGAAAGAAAUUAUUAAAUUACUCAAGCAAUGCGGAGGAGAUUAUGUACAUACAUAAAUCACGUUGGUGAUAACGAAUGAAGGAUAAAUAUAGUAAAGCUAAUAUUUUUAUGAAUAUAUAAA